CGUGUCUUCCUCCCUGUUAUCCCAGAGAAGCCGGGUCCAUACCAACCAUCUAAUGCAUUUCUUCUGUUUGUCAGGAAGCCGAAUCCAGACCAUCUCCUUGACCUCAGUUAUAGACGCCAAUGUCGUGUCUUCCUCCCUGUUAUCCCAGAGAAGCCGGGUCCAUACCAACCAUCUAAUGCAUUUCUUCUGUUUGUCAGGAAGCCGAGUACAGACCAACUCCUUGACCUCAGUUAUAGACGCCAAUGUCGUGUCUUCCUCCCUGUUAUCCCAGAGAAGCCGUGUCCAUACCAACCAUCUAAUGCAUUUCUUCUGUUUGUCAGGAAGCCGAGUACAGACCAACUCCUUAACCUCAGUUAUAGAUGCCAACUUCGUGUACGGCUCCAGCUACCGGGUAGCGGACUCGCUGCGAGCUCUGGAAGGCGGUCUCCUGAAAUCUGCACCGGUGUUCCACGACCUCGGCCUCAAGCCGCUGCUGCCGCCCAAGACCUUCCAGCCUGACGAUGGCUGCAUCCGCCCAUAUCCCGACAAGUACUGCUUCCUCGCAGGUGACAACCGGGUGAAUGAGCAGCUCGCUCUGGGAGUGCUCCACACCAUGUUCGUGAGGGAACACAAUCGUCUCGCCACCGAGCUGGCUACAAUAAACCCCCAUUGGGACGAUGAAACUCUUUACCAGGAGACGCGACACAUAGUGGCGGCCCUAGUGCAGCACAUCACCUUCAACGAGUUCUUGCCACGUCUACUGGGCAACUUCAAUAUGCGGCGGUAUGGCUUGGAGUUGCAGAAAGAGGGUUAUUCUGAUGACUAUGAUCCAGAUGUGGACGCUUCAGCACCUGCCGCAUUUGCAGACGCGGCCUUCCGCUUCGGCCAUUCCCUGAUCCCGCGGGCUUUGGAGCGCUGGAGUCCAACACAUCGUUACAUCGGUGCACGCCGCUUGAGUUCAACUCUUCAACAGCCGUAUGACCUGUACAAGCCCGGGGCUUAUGACCUUUACCUCCUUGGUCUGGUCAACCAGCUAGCUCAAGCUAUGGACUUUUCUAUCACAGAAGAGGUGACCAACCACCUGUUCCAAGAACCAGCCGCAGAGUUUGGCAGAGAUCUGGCUGCUAUCAACAUAGCACGGGCCAGAGAACACGGGCUACCAGGUUACAAUAGGUACCGACGUCUCUGUCAGCUGUCUGACAUGUACUCCUGGUCUGACAUGGGCCACCACCUGCCUAACGCCAGUGUCACAGGCUACCACCAGAUGUUCAGCCGACCAGAUGACGUAGACCUGUGGUCGGUUGGAGUGACAGAGCUGCCAGAGAUGGGCAGCAUGGUGGGUCCUGUCUUCAGCUGCAUCAUAGCUCUCACCUUUCGUAAUGUGAAACGAGGAGACCGUUUCUGGUACGAGAACAGCGGUUGGCCCAGCUCCUUUACACCAGAUCAGCUAAGAGAGAUCAAAUCCAUCCGCUUGUCUCGUCUUAUAUGUGAUAGUGGUGAUAAUAUUGAAACGAUUCAACUCAAAGCCAUGGAGGUUCACGAUUUUGAAACGAACCCGAGGGUGUCAUGUAACAGCAGAAUAUUGCCCCGUUUGGACUUGAGGCACUGGAAAGACCCUGAAGGAGGGGAGUACUAUGAGUCAACAAACAAUAAGGAAACAAUUUUGAUUGAAGAAACCGAUAAUUUGCAUAACAACGAGGAUAACACAGAGGAGUCAAACAAAAUUACACUCACAGACAAACCAGGUAAAGAAGAGACCGAGGACAAGGAGGAAGACAUUAAAGUUGAUUACCAUGUAAUUCAAAUAAAUAAUAAACCCGUUUUAGUAAGUAAUAGCGACAAAGUUCUAGGUCGUAAAAUUAUAGAUGAGAAGUCAAGUCUUCUAGAAUGAAUUAGUAAAAUUAUUUUGUUGAACACAUUGGAAACGAUAUAUAUUCUAAACGAUUCUAUGAUAUUUGUUUAAACUUUCAGCAGUUAAUAACAAAACCUAAUGCAAGAAAACAAUAACAUUUAAAAAUGUCUAUUACCACAUGUUAUUGUGGUAAUAUGUCACAUGUCACAAAUAUAUUUUUAAUUGAUGACUUGAGUAUUCCAAUAUUUAUUGAAGAUUUGUAGUCAUAUUAUAAUGAUAGCUUGAAAAGUCUGUGAUAAAUAGUUUAUUUGAGAUAGGAUUCAUUAUAUUGUACAAUACAAAAAAAAAAAAAAAAAAUAGAAAAUCAAUACAAA